UCAGCGGUGUGGUGGUUAACUGUUUUGCUUAACGCAAAGCGUUUUCCUGCCUUUAGGAGUUGGAUUUUUAAAAAGUCGUUUUGCUAUGUAAUAGAUUUAUUUAGAGAUGGUAGACACGUUCGUCCUUCUAAUCCCCUCAUGUCAUUGCCGUUACCCACCCAUCACAAAGUACGCCCUUGGCGUCUGAAAACUGUAUGCUGAAGUGGUUAAAUUGGGCGGGUACACGCUUGGAGUCUUUUAGGCUGUGUUGGUUUGCUCCUGCGACGACAACCCACCGGGCUAUGAUGGAUGCUGUCAAAGGGUUGCAGCCCAAAGAAAGAGCAAACUUGGUCUUGGUCGAGAAGCAGGCAUGGCACUCUAAAAUGCAGCUCCAGCUCCAGCUAUCCUUCUCCUCGCAACUCUCGAUAUCUAUGCCUCCCGACUUCUGCACCUUUGAGCCCAAGAGACAUCGAAGCUCGGAAUCCUGCCGCUGCACAACUCGACAGGGUUUGAGGCUCUGGAUAACGAGGUGCCCCCGUGCCCCCGCUUUCUCGGAUGCACCUCGCGCCGCUGAACCAAUCGCCGACAGUUCCAGCAGCAGCACGGCCCGUCCGCCGCCCUGUCCAAAUCAGUGGUAUUUCGCGACCAAGAAUGUCAGCUCGACGGAUUUGCCGAGAUGCUUUGGUGCCCAACAGCCUCACAUUCGCAAUUCUGCGUGACCGCCUGGACCAGAAAUCGAUCAGCCUUACCCGCUCUCAUCUUCUCGCUUCUCGCUUCAGCAGCCAAAAGACGAAACCUAAAGCUACCCGAAAUUUUCAGUGCCCAAUACUCGCACACCACACUGAGGAGGGCCGGGUGACUUGACUGAACGACAGAAAUGUGUUAAUUUAUAUUCAAACGGUGAGGGUGCAAAAUGGUGUUAGCACUCGCUCCAUCAGUACUCAAGCGGUGUACAACUACUGGCGAGUCGGCGUCUGGAGGGUGGUGG